AUGAAUGGAAUUGAAGAUAAUGAAAAAUAUGCAAACUAUUUGCGAAAUAAAAUAAUAAAAUUUUUUAAUUUGAAAAGUGAGGAUUUAGAAUUAACAUAUAUAAAAUCAAUAUUAAAUAGUAAAACAUAUGAUUUGUAUAGUUCUAUAUAUUUAAUAAAUUAUUCUUUUUUUGAAAAUAAUAAAAAUAAUAAAAUAACAAUAAAUAAUGUUAAAAAAUUUACACAAAAUUUAGUUGAUUCCAAAAAUAAGUUUACCCCAUCAAAUGUACUAGAAAAUAAUAACAACUCUCAAAAGUUUGAUGAAAUAAAAAAUGAUAAUGGAAUAAAAAAUAAAUCUAUACACAAUUCGAUAGAGUAUAUUUUUAAGAAACAUGAUCAUAACCCACUUCGUAACAGGGGAAGUGAAAAUGGAAAUGGAAAUGGAAAUGGAAAUGGAAAUGGAAAUGGAAAUGGAAAUGGAAAUAUAAAUAAAAAUGAGAGUAAAAAUAGUCAGACAGAUCGUAGCAAAGGUAGUGAAAAUUCACAUCUUCCAAAAGGAAAGAAAAUACAAAAUAAAACAAAUCUAAAUGAAAAAGAAAAGGAGCCAAACGCAAAUUCAUUAUUUGAUAAACUGCAUAACAAAAAUGUAAAAAAUUGUAUGCUUGGAACAAUGACAAAUAACGAUCAAAAAAAAUGUGAACAUAGCAAGACACUCAGUAAAAAGGCAGAGCAAAAAGAAGAAAAAAGCGAAAAAGAAGAAAAAAGCGAAAAAAAAGAAAAAAGCGAAAAAAAAGAACAAAUUGACUACUUCUCCUUUUUUAAUAGAAAAGAAAAUUCAUGCUCAUUAAAAGAUAUUAUCGAAAUUAUUGAUAACGAGAAUGUAAAAAAAGAUGAUAGUAAUAAUGAUCAAAUUAGCCAAAAAAAAAAAAAAAAAAAUAUUCAAAUAUGUACAUGUAACGGCAAAAACCAUAAAAUAUAUACAAACUGUCUUAUAUGUGGAAAAUUAUUUUGUUCAAAAAUUAAAUUUAAAAAUUGUAUAUUUUGUGAUAAUCCUUUAUAUGAAUCAGAUUUUAUAAAUACAAUAUUUUUAUCAAACAAAUUAGAAACUAAAACAAACAAUAUUAUCACAAAUAUGAAAAAUUCAAACCCCUUUCUCUAUAAAUAUUAUUUUGACCCACUUAAUAAUAAUUUAAAAAAAGCCAUUGAUAUGCGAAAUAAAAUGUUAAAAAACUCUAUAAAUGAAGAAAAUACGAAAAUAAUUGAUGACAGUAUAGAUUGGUUCGAAGAUGACAUUAAGCAUACCCUCAACAUUCAUGAUAUUCAUUUUUCAUGUUAUGAUGAUGAUACAAAAAAUGAGAUAGUAAACAAAUAUUAUGAUAUAUUCAAAAAAAAAAUUACCGAUAUAAAUAUCGACAUUGAUUUUGAAAACCUUAAAAUAAAUGAAAAUGUGGAUUAUGCAAAAAUAAAAGAAUUUAGUGAAUACUUAAAUGAACACGAAAAAAUAUAUCAAGAAAAAAAAAAAAAACUAUCUAAUGAUACACCCCAUAAUUAUUUAAGUAAUAAAGAAAAAAAAUAUAUAAGUUAUGUUAAUGAUUUAUGUAAAAUGUUUUUAAAAAAUGACACACAAAAAGAGGACACAAAUUUACUUAAAUCCGAAAAAAUUAAUCCCAUAACGGAAAAAAAAAGAUAUAAAUAUAAUGUGCUAAACAUGAGUGACGAUGAGUGUUAG